AUGUCCAAGAGCAUUCGGUCAUAUUUUACUGUAAUAAAAAAACAAACAACAAAAAUCGCAGAUGAUGAUAGUGAUAUAAUACCAGAAUCUCCUGAGAUUCGGGUAAAGAAGAAAAAACAAACAAAGAAAAGGCGGAUAGAAGAUUCAGAUGAAGAAAUAUUUUCUCCAAAAAAAAAAAAGGUAGACACAGAACAGAAAUCAGCACACAUCAGUCCAAAACUUAAAGAAGUUACAAUAACUGACUUAUUUGGUAGUGGAAAGAUAAAAAAAACUGAGUCUUUAGUUGUAAAAAAUAAAAGUGAAAAACAAACUGAAAUUGGUAUACAUUCUGAUGAAGAAUUUGAGCAAAGUCUAUUGGAAUUAGAUACCAUUGAUUAUAUAUCACCAGGGAAAGUCAAAUCUCAUAAAGAUAACCAGGAAAAAGAUAUAGCUCCAGAUGAACCAAAAAGCAAUAAAGAUGUGCCAAAAGUUAAAAUUAGCCCACCACAACUUAGUUUAACUGAAGAUAAGAGAGAAGUGAAGCCCAAAAAGCAUCAUCAAACUGAAACCAAAUUGAAAGAAAAAAAUGAUAAAAGAACAGACAAUGAUCAGAAUAAGAAUUCAAAAAAGCAAAACAAGAAUGAUAAAAUAAUAGAAAUUGCAGAUGAUGAUGAACAUGAUGAAAAAGUAAUUGGCCAUAAAAUUAAUAAUAGUUCUGUUGUCGAAAAACCUCAUGCUAUAAAUAAAUCAAAGAUAAGAAAGAGAGAUUUGAGUAGUUUUUUAGAAGAAGAUGAUGAUCAUGAUACAAGCUUUAAAAAGAAAAAACAUGAUGACAGCCUUAAUGAGUCUGCACUUAGUGAUCAAGAAAGACAUGAGAGAAAAAGACUAUCAGCGUCUCUAUAUCAAAAAUAUCUAAAUAGAACUGGACCCAAAAACUUGGGUGCAAAGGAAAUUCCAGAAGGAGCACCAGAUUGUUUGAAGGAUUGUGCAUUUUUACUGACUGGAGUUUUAGAUUCCUUUGAGCGAGAAGAAAUCAUAGACGCUAUCACAAAAUAUGGUGGUUCAGUCAAAUCUAGUGUUAGUAAGAAGGUAACGCAUGUCCUAGCUGGUGAAGACUCAGGCCCAGCAAAAACUGCUAAAGCAGAAUCAUUAGGCAUAAAAAUUAUUAAUGAAGACCAAUUCCUCAAUAUGAUUACUGAGCUAUCAAAGAAAAACAAAAAUAAAAAAUCAAACACUAAUGAUAAACCAAACAUAAAAAUAAAAAAAAGUGAUAAGAAUCAAUCUCCACAAGAUGAAAAAUCUAAAAGAAAUCAUGAAAAGACGACUAAAGAUAAAUCAAAGGAAUCUUUGAAUGACGUUAAGAAGGAAAUAUUAGUAUCUCCAACAGCAACCAUAACUUUAAAGAAUGACAAAUCAGUAUCCCUGAAGAACCCUAUUAAAAAAGAGAGAUCUGUCUCUCCAAAAGCAAAUAUAACUUUAAAGAAUGACAAAUCAGUGUCCCUGAAGAACCCUAUUAAAAAAGAGAGAUCUGUCUCCCCAAAACCAAAAAUUAAGAAAGAAAUAUUGGACUCUUAUGGAAAACUAAAAACGAAGAAAAGUGAAGAAGAAGUAGAGCAGAUUGACAAUGUUGACAAUUCCUCAAGAGAUGCAUCUCUAAUGUGGGUUGACAAAUACAAGCCGCAGAGUAUAAAGCAGAUUAUUGGACAACAUGGUGAAGCAAGUAAUGUUAAAAAAUUAAUCAACUGGUUAACCAAAUGGUAUGUGAAUAGAAAAGCUAAGCUGCCUAAACCAAAUCCAUGGUCAAAGAAUGAUGAUGGUGGAUAUUAUAAAGCCGCUCUUUUAUCUGGACCUCCGGGCGUUGGUAAAACAACGACGGUGGGACUAGUGUGCAAGGAAUUAGGUUUUGAUACGGUAGAGUUUAACGCAUCGGAUACUCGCAGUAAGAAUCUUAUAAAGGAACAAAUCUCAGAACUAAUAUCUACAACAUCUCUGUCUGGUUAUGCUAAAGGGGUGACUGGUAAACAAGCGGUAACAAAGAAGCAUGUUCUGGUUAUGGACGAAGUGGACGGAAUGGCUGGCAAUGAGGAUAGAGGUGGUCUCCAAGAAUUAAUUUCCCUAAUAAAGUCAUCUUCAGUGCCGGUAAUUUGCAUGUGUAAUGACAGAAACAGUGAAAAAAUGCGGUCUUUGGUAAAUUACUGCUAUGACCUUCGAUUCAGCCGGCCGCGGGUUGACCAGAUUAAGGCAGCAAUGAUGACGAUAUGCUUCAAAGAAGGUGUUAAAGUCCCAGGGGAUGUUCUAUCUCAGCUGAUAAGUGCAGCGGGACAGGAUAUCCGACAGACCCUGCACUUACUGUCAGUGUGGACGGCUGACCCCACUCUCACGGAACAUGAUAAACUCCAGAAGGAGGUUCAGAGAGUCAAAAAAGAUAUCAAAAUGGGCCCAUGGGAUGCGAUUCGUAAAGUUUUUUCAGCAGAGGAACACAAGACCAUGAGUAUUAUCGAUCGAAGCGAUCUGUUCUUUACCGACUACAGCCUCGCACCACUAUUUGUCCACGAAAACUACCCGCAAGUUGUGCCACAUUGUCCCAAGCAUGAAGUAUUGGAUCGGAUGAGCAAAGCAGUUGACAGUAUUAGCCUUGGUGACUUAGUUGACUCUAGGAUUAGAUCUAAUCAAGCCUGGAGUCUUCUUCCACUGCAGGCCAUGUAUAGUUCGGUUAUUCCCGGACAACAAUUAUCAGGUCAUGUAGGUGGACAGAUACAGUUCCCGAGCUGGCUUGGGAAAAAUUCAAGAGCAAACAAAAUGUCUCGCCUGGCGCAGACCAUACACGCCCAUACAAGACUCAGUACAUCAGGAUCAAAAUCAUCAAUAUUCCUUGACUAUUCAUCACAUCUUCGCGACGCCAUACUAAACCCACUGAUUAAGGACAAAAAUGAGGGUAUUUUAAAAUCCCUUCAAGUGCUUGAAGAAUACCACCUACUACGGGAUGACCUGGAGUCACUCACUGAACUGUCACUGUGGCCAGGGCAACGUAACCCCAGCAUUCUUAUAGAUGCAAAAGUGAAAGCUGCAAUGACACGGACAUACAAUAAACAAGCAAGUGCAUUGCCAUAUGCACCUGGUGCUAUAAAGAAGGCAAAACAUCUUGACACUGAUGAAAAUGGUUUGGAAAUGGAUGCUGAAGAUGAUCUAGAAAAUGAUAGUGAUCCUGAAAAUGAUUUACUUAUUAAGAAAAAGAAAAUGAAAGAUUUAGAGAAAGCUUCCAGCAGCAAAGAGAAACCACAAUCAAGUAAAGGCAAAGGAAAGAAAACAAAAUGA